AUGGUGAAUCUCUACGACAAAGUCAUCCAACAGAAGCAAGCCACGGGUGAGGAUAUCGCAUCAAAGACAGGCUCGGUUGCUGGAAAGUUUAGGAAGCGUGUUCGUAUUUAUGUCAUAACCGAAGCGUUUGAUUUGCUAUCAUUCAUAUCUCUAGAGACGUACUUCCUGCUUACUACGAUGAGCAUGAUGAUAAUAGCAAAUUUAUACUACGGCAUGGUAUGGUUUUUGCUACCGCACGCAAUGAUAGCAUUGAACGAUGUUAUGGCAUACUUUUUCGGCAAAAUGUUCGGCAGAACUCCGCUUAUUUCACUAUCACCAAACAAGACACUUGAGGGGUUUCUGGGGGCUUUCGUGUCUACUUCGUUGGUUGUAGGCCAUGGAGAAUGUGAUUUGUCCCCGGUUGCUUAUGAUGGGUGUUUUCCCAGAUCUCUUCGCCCUUCAGCUCGUUAUUACUCCAUAAAGCUUUUAACUCCACAGGAAGCGGCAGAAAAAGCAGGGAUUGAUCUCCCAUACAGUUGUCGUGGAGGAAGUUGUUCAACUUGUGCAGAGUUACCUGGAUAA